GUUGUAUUGUGUCUUCUUUGUUUACCGACGUUAACUUCUCAGCAAGACUCAAGGUCUGAAUCAUGUCAUGAUGAAUUUGACUGCGGUUCACGUUCGAAAAGAACUGACAGGAUGGAGUCUCAAGUGUGCAUUCUUUCUCUGGAGCAACGUUUCCUUCUAUAUCUCUGGCUUUAGAACCCGCAAGCAACCCUUCGCCGCCGACUCAUCAAAUCACUACCCUCGCCGUAAACCAUCAUCUCCUUCACAAACAGCGGUCGGCUCAUCCCUCCCGUCAGAAGUCGUCUGUCUUUCGUCCCGAACCAUCGACUUCAGAACCCGCCCGCAACCCUUCGCGAUCGGAAACAUCGGGCAGCGUCGCAGUGGGAUCGCCUCCGACCCGCCUGGUGGGUUGCUCGUCGGAAGAGGAAAACACGCAGGGGAUAUCCCCAUCGCCCUUACAACAGGUCCAACCAUCCAUGUCGUCGGCCGCCUGCCGUCCUCCGUCUUCCAUCCCAAACAUCACCUUCCAACGACUUCCUCUUAUCCACGGCCUGCGCUUGAUCUUUUCCUGUUGACCACCGUCCUUCCACGGUAGAGAUUCGAUCUUUUCCAGUGGAGGAAACACACCAAUCUGUCGCCGCCACUUAGGAUUGAUCGAAUCUCUACCGUGGAAGGACGGUGGUCAACAGGAAAAGAUCAAGCGCAGGCCGUGGAUAAGAGGAAGUUGUUGGAAGGUGAUGUUUGGGAUGGAAGACGGAGGACGGCAGACGACCGACGACAUGGAUGGUCGGACUUGUUGUAAGGGCGGCGGGGAUAUCCGUCAGCCGUUUAGUGAUGAACCAGAGCUAUGGUUCUCCACAGCAAUGGAAAGAAACAAGGGGAAAUAGCAGAGGAGGGAGGGGAGAAAUAGAAACAAAGGGAAAGGGAGUAGAAACGCCACAAUUUCCAUCCAGGGAUCCAGCUAAAUUGCCCCUUCCCGUGCAUAAUUAAUAUGACAAUUAAUU